AUGAUGGCCUCGGGCUAUGUCCAAGCCGGCCUCAUCUGGCUGGCUUACGCAGUCGCCGUCCUGCUCUGUCUCGGCGCUGCAAUUGUCACCACGUUCACAUGGCAGACGCCCAUCGACCGCUCGGCCAUGGUGAGCAUCGUCGCCAUCGUCAGCUUAACAUCUCUGCUCGCGACCGUCUUGCUUCUUCCGGUCGACAUCGCUCUCAUCUCGACCACUGCGUCCUCGACUCUAGGCGCCAAAAAGGACUGGGCCACGCCAAAGCGAGUCGCCGAUAUUCUCUUCACGCUCAAGGUUGUCUACUACUCGCUCUACAGCUGGGAUGCCCUGCUUUGCCUCAUUGUCAUUCCCUUUGCGUACUUUUGGUAUGAGGAAUAUGACGAGGUCGCCUUUCAGGAGGAGGGUCGCACGUGGAAGAGCCGCUUCUGGGCCGCCGCCAAGUACACGCUCUUCUUCGUUGCUUUCACCGUCGUGCUCUUCCUCUUGGGGUUCUUCGUUCCUGCAGCCGGCGGCAGCAAGGGCCACUGGGAUCUGGACUACUAUAAAUCGCUAUUGUCUCAAAACCACGGCGAGAAAGCUCUGACUUUCGCCGUGGGUCUCUUGAUGACCAUCGGAACCUUUCUCUAUGUCAUUUAUACCAGUGCCGGACUUGCUCUCAUGCCCGUCUCUUUAAUUAAAUCGGCUCCCCCUAUCUCGGCUCCUCAGCUCUCGGCAACGACAGCUUCCCAACUCGAACAAAACCGGGAGCGUCAACGUCAGCUUGAGCUUCGCAAUGCCGGCCGUGAAGAGGGCAUGUCGCGGAAGGACAGGAGGGAGCUGGAUGCUCUCAUUAGAGAGGAGCAAACAUUGGUUCGGCGCGAGCGCCUUGCUGCCGAGGCGCAGGGCGAAGGCAGGAGCCGAGUAUAUCAAAUCUGGCUCAAGAUGUGCGCACUCUUCAGGCCAGUCAAGAUGCUCGGUGGAAUUCUGCUGGUGCUCUACGCCAUUGUCAUUUGGGUGUCCAUGUUCAUCACCGGCAUCGACAAGGCCAAGCACUCGGUCUGCAAGCAGCGUUGCGGAUACAUUCUGGGCCAGGUUCGCGUGUUCCAGCCGAUGAACUGGAUCUUUCUGAAGGCUGCCAAGGCCUUCCCCGUCGACUACAUCCUGAUGGCUUUUCUGGUCCUUGUUCUGUUCAGCAGCUCCAUCUCCGGUAUUGCCGCAGUUGGCAUCCGCUUCCUCUGGAUCCGAAUCUUCCAGAUCCGCAGAGGCAGGACAGCUCCGCAGGCCCUCCUCAUCGCGACGGUCAUGCUGUUGCUCAUCACGCUGGCCAUCAACUAUGCAGUCGCCAUGUUCGUGGCUCCGCAGUACUCGUUCUACGGAACCCAGACGUUCUGCACGAAUGAGCCUGCGUAUCCUGGAGCCCAGCCGGACUGCAGACACCACCCCGAGCUGAUCCGCCCUUGCUCAGACGCUCUCAAAUACAAAAACGCCAAAGACGUCUGUACGCCGUCUAUGAUGUCCACUCUGCUCAACCGUAUUACCAUUACGUGGCCGCUGUUUGGCGCGAUUGAUUUCUGGGCGCAGUACGUGUUCCUGGGUAUCUUCCUUAUCGUCUUUGUUACCGCGCUGGUGCGCACCCCCAAGGUCGACCUCGCCGAGAUGGAUGAGUUCGCCGAGGCGGAUGAGGAAGAAAGCCUUUUGGCCUCGACCAGUCGUCGGUUCGACGCCACUUGGCAAGACGUGAGGGGACAGCCUGGCAGGGACUCGAGAAACGGGCCCCAGCUGAUUCGAGGCUCACGACCGCAAGGUAACUAGCU